CUCGGACACGAGUAAAUGACGUCAGCCCACACGUCGCCGAGCAGUGAAACAAACAUGGCGACAGAAUGGAGCGGGCAGCAGGGUUAUGUUCUCACUCUCGUUAUAUUCCUGUGGAGCGCUGUCGGUGGCCGCACGGAGGCGGCGGCCGGGUCCGGUGUUGGCGGCAGCGGCGGCCGGGGCAGCAGCGGGAGCCAGGUGCUCGGCAUGCGGCUGGAGAGGAGCGACAAGCCGGCCAGCACCAAUGACGACGGUGUCAUCCAGGUGACUGAGGAGAGCUCCCUGCAGCUCCGGUUUUACGGGGUGCAGCUCCACUCGGGCGCCUGGACGCAAAUCCGCUUCACGGAGCUCACGGACGGCGACGGAGGGGAGGACGAGGAGGAGGAGGCGGUGGCGGCGGCGAGGGGCGGCAGCGGCAUGAUGGACGCGCCGGACACGACAUGUGCUGAUUUCACGAAGGACAUCAGCGUCGGGACUUUCAUGAAUGUCAGCAGUCGCGGCACCUCCGGGCUGCUCACCGUGCACAUUAAGCCGCUCCGCAAGAGCGAGCCGCAGAAGGAGUACGCCCUGUGCACGCCGAGCGCGGACGGGAGCAGGUGGGUGCAGCUGGGGGACAGCGAUGGCAGGUUGCUGGUGGUGGAGGAGAAGAAGUCCUUGCUGCCCAUGUGGCUGCAGAUCAUCCUCAUCCUCUUCCUGCUGGUCCUCUCCGGGAUGUUCAGCGGCUUGAACCUGGGUCUGAUGGCGCUGGACCCGAUGGAGCUGCGCAUCGUCCAGAGCUGCGGCACCGAGAAGGAGAAGAAAUACGCACGAAAGAUCGAACCCAUCCGCAGCAAAGGGAACUAUCUGCUCUGCUCCCUGCUUCUGGGGAACGUCCUGGUGAACACCACCCUCACCAUACUCCUGGAUGACCUGAUCGGAUCAGGUUUGGGCGCCGUGGUGGCCUCCACCAUUGGGAUUGUUAUAUUUGGUGAGAUCGUACCCCAGGCGCUGUGCUCUCGCCACGGGCUGGCCGUGGGAGCCAACACCAUCAUGGUGACCAAGUUCUUCAUGCUCCUCACCUUCCCGUUGUCCUUCCCUGUCAGCAAGCUGCUGGACGUCCUGCUGGGCCAGGAGAUCGGCACCGUGUACAACAGGGAGAAGCUGGUGGAGAUGCUGAAGGUGACGGAGCCCUACAACGACCUGGUCAAAGAGGAGAUGAACAUGAUCCAGGGCGCCCUGGAGCUCAGGACCAAAACUGUAGAGGACGUGAUGACGCCCAUCGGCAACUGCUUUAUGAUCCAAGCGGACGCUGUGCUGGAUUUCAGCACCAUGUCAGAGAUCAUGGAGAGCGGGUACACCCGUAUUCCCGUGUACGACGACGAAAGGUCCAACAUCGUGGACAUCCUGUACGUGAAGGACCUGGCGUUCGUGGACCCGGACGACUGCACCAGCCUGAAGACCAUCACCAAGUUCUACAACCACCCCGUGCACUUUGUGUUCCACGACACAAAGCUGGACGCCAUGCUGGAGGAGUUCAAGAAAGGUAAAUCCCACCUGGCCAUCGUCCAGAAAGUGAACAACGAGGGAGAGGGUGAUCCGUUCUACGAGGUGCUGGGAUUGGUCACGCUGGAGGACGUCAUCGAGGAGAUCAUCAAAUCAGAGAUCCUGGAUGAGUCUGACCUUUACACUGACAACAGACACAGGAAAAAGGUGGACUCCAAUAAAAACAAGCCCGACUUCUCCGCCUUCAAGCCCGACGCCGACAGUAAAGUGAAGAUUUCUCCUCAGCUCAUGCUGGCGGCUCAUCGUUUCCUGGCUACAGAGGUAAGCCUGUUCAGCCCGUUCCAGAUCACAGAGAAAGUCCUGCUGAGGAUCCUCAGACACCCAGACGUCAUCCACGAACUCAAAUUCAACGAAAGUGACAAACGCUCACCCCAGCACUAUCUUUACCAGCGGGGCAAAACUGUCGACUACUUCAUCCUCAUUCUGCAGGGGCGAGUGGAGGUGGAAGCCGGAAACGAAAACAUGGUGUUUGAAACCGGCCCGUUCUCCUACUACGGAGUUAUGGCUCUAAGCUCACCGUCUCUGGCCGUCACCCCUCCCCUCUCCCCUUCAGUGGCGUCUCCCCCUCCGCGACGCCUCUCUCUUAAAAGGUUUUCUCUGUUCACUCGUUUCCCAGAGUUUCGAUCUCCAUCACACGCGGGCAACCUCAACCGCUCGGCGUCUCUGAGCUGCACUGAGCGCGCUCCAGAAAGCUGCUCUGUUGGCGGGAGCAUCACUCAGAUCCCAGGCACCCCCUUCCAGUACAUACCAGACUUCUGCGUACGUGCUCUCACAGACCUGCAGUUUGUCAAGAUUACUCGUGCUCAGUACCAGAACGGUCUCCUGGCGUCCAGGCUAGACAGCACGCCGCAGUCUCCAGAGGGCAGUCGCACUCGCCUGGACACAUCCGUCUCCUUGCCUCCUGUGUCGCCUCCGGGGAUCCGUGCUCCAGUGCUGCUGGCCACGCCUCCUGCAAAGCGCCAGCCGGCUAAAACUCAGCUUUCACCGAGCAACCGCGCCGCUCUGCCCCAAUCCACCUCCUCCAGCCGCAGACCGAGCCAGUCUCUGCCCCAAGCCCCUCCCCCUCCGAGCAACCACACCCCACUCUCCCAGACCUCUCCGUCCUCCGUGAGUACAGCGACGUGCACCUUCAACCCCCACCAAACUAUGACCUCCUCCAAGUCUCAGCAGUCCCCGUCCUCUGCUGGCCUGGAGAACGGGCCGGGAGAGACCACCACUCUGCUCAGUGAGCAGCAGAACUGCGUGGGCCCCCGCAGGCCCAGCCACACCCAGGCGCACCCCCACCCACAUGUUCACACCAUCAGUCACGCUCACACUGAAAGCACCAUCUAACUGAAGUCCCUGCGGGGCGACUAAACUACCUGUGCAAUCGCUCACAUACCGCACACUCGCACUACUUCCUGUUUCCUGUGUGCUUGUUGUCUCCUGAACUAUUCUGUUGACGUCCCUCCUGCAUGUUCCCCUCCGAACACUGACAAAGAUCAACUACAAAGAUGGCCGAGGCACAGGGAACACUAGUGAGUAUGAGACGGGGUUGUGUAUGUGUGCUCUUAAAGGAUCAGUCCACCCAGAUUACAAAAAGACAUUUUAGUUACCUCCAGUGGAAUCUAGCCUUGCAGAUGGUUUUGGGAUAUCUGCCUCUGAGAUUUAUGCUUUCAGCGAGUCCAGAUCCACAGCUGUACCCACGAAAGUAGGGCUGAACAAUUAAUGAAAAUCUUUUCUAAAUCGCAAUAAGGCCUAAUGCAAUUUUGAAAUCGCAAUUUUGUUAAAGGUGAUACAUGUGUCAAAUACCAUUUUAAAUUAAAUAUCGUCGUGCUGCAGGAUGUCCUGGCCUACACAUCUUACUCUACAGACUUAAACAAAAAUCUUUGUUUGGGACAGAUCCAUGCAAAAAUCACACCAUCAUUUAUAUAUUUUAUAUAUAUUCUAUAUUUUUUAAAUUAAAAUGACAAUUAUGUAAAUUAUCAUUCCCUCCAGCAUUGCAAAUAUAUAAUCGCUUAUUAGAUUUUUGAAAAUCGUUCAGCCCUACAUGAAAGCCAACGUCAGCUGAUGUCAGCUAGGCCAUUUCGGCCCUUUUCGUGUAUUUGCAGAUAUCUCAAAACCUCUGUACAAAAUACUGAAACGAUUUGCAAGUUGUGGGGUGGGGGCUGUUAUUUAUGUGCACAGACCUUUUUAAGUGAUUCCUGGUCAGACAUUAAUAGAAAACUCACAUUCCCACCUGCUUUUUCCAAAUCAGUGCUGCUACACAGGUUACUGUUUAGUUUUUUUUUUAUUUAGUUUGCCUGUCAAUUUCCAUUUAUUUUUCCAAAGAGUGAAACAUCCAAAAGCUUUUAAAAGUUAACAGUGAAGGUCUUUUUUAAAGAAAUAUGAUUUAGUUAGGCCUUGUUAUGGAACAGCAGUUGGUUUGAGAGGGUUCUUUGGAGAUGAGACGGCCUUUGAUUGUGACAGAUUGUGCCUCCGUCUGUGCUGAGCUGUCUGUGAGUCAGUUCAACUACCAGCAAACGGACCAGAGUCACUGUUCUGAGUGAAACUUAAACAACCAUAUCAGUGAUUUUGCAUGUUUUUGCCCAUUCAGUACAAAUCAUGAAAACUUUGCCUUGCUACUGACUAUUUUUGCAAACAAUGCUGCAGUUUUCUAGAUUUUAAAACAAAAACUCUACUUAUUUUAAAGUAUUUUUAAAAUAAUAUAUGCUAUUCCAUUUUAUUAUUAUCAAUUAAUAAUUCAACAUUUAAACACAUAAGGAAAUAUAAAUAUUAAUUGGCUAAUAAAUCAUCUUUUAAAUUACAUUUUUAGUUUAUUGAUGCACAAUUUAAUGCAAAUACAAUUAAUGAAGUAAUAAUAGCUUUUUGCAUUUAUGAAUUUUUUAACUGAUAAUAACUCAGUUCUGUAAAAAAAAAUUAAUCAGGUCACUGAUUGAUAUACCCUACAGAAAUUAACUGAAACCAGUAGCUGGCUGAAAAGUGAAAAUAGAAUAGUCCACAGUGAAAAAUUAAGAGGCUAAAUCUUGCAAAAACACCAGUAUGGUCCUUUAAGUGAAUAUUACUACUGAUGUGAAGGUGGGUGUCUUCCUGGCCUACCUCUUGACCAAGGCAAUGUGUUUAAAAUUAGAGUGAAAAUAUUUAUUUUAUGCAAUACUAAUUUAUAUAUAUUUGACAUUUAAUUUGUUAUUUUUUUUAAAUAUUAUAGAGAUUUUAUUUAUUUUUUGGGAUUUCUUUGGUUCUUGAAAACACUGCAGUUUGCGUUGAGGGAUGAGCUGCACACAUCAGAUGACCCUGAAGUGCACAGACACUGUUUAUUGUGAACGGCUUUCAGUUUGCAUCUCCACUAAAUAUUUCCUCACUGUUAUGGGAGUUCGUUGUGACACCAGCUCCUUCGCAAUGUCAAGACACAAAGAGAUGACCAAGCUGGAAGACGUUGCAACAUGUUGGACUAAUGUCAGAAGUCUUGGUUGGAAGUGACACUGUGCUUUUUUUAUUUAUUUUCCUCUGUGUUAUUGUAUGUCUGAGCACACAAUGCAAUUUGGGUUUACUCUAACAUAAAAGUAGUUUAAUGCGUAUAGUUUUCAGUAGCAGGUAUGGUCACAGGUUUAAUGAGGGAAUGACUACAUAUUCUCUGCACACGCUCUCUUAUUACAGAGAAUGAGUUUGAUAACAUACUGACCAAACUCUUUCUUUCAGAGGCUCCGGACUGUUUCGGUUCUUAGUCAUGAGUCAAUGUCUUUUAUUUAUAAGUAAAUCAGCUGUUCAUUUAUGUGUUCUUCUGCUCUUAUAUAAUUGAGCUGUUGUUUUUAAGAAAUAGUUCGACAUUUUGGGAAAUGUACGUAUUCACUUUCUUGCUGAGAGUUAGCUGAGAAGAUUGAUACCUGUCAUGCCUGCUAAAUAUGAAGCUAGGCAGUUAGCUUAGCUUAGCAUGAAGACUGGAAGCAGCUAGCCUGACUCCCUACACUUCUUUGUUUGAUCAGUACGGAAGCCCUUAGCGGCCAUCGAUUCAAAAAAUUUUUUACUCCAUUUUCCUUUGAUAACAGGAUAAUUUUCUUGUGAUCUAGAAAUAACAAACCAUAGCUGAACAGGUGCGUCGGCAGGUGCGUUUCUUUACGAUAAUUUCCAAGUAAUUGUUAGUGUCACUGAUUAGCUCAAUUGGUAGAGUGUAGACUUCUGCUCUCAGCAACUUUUUUUUUUUCUUUCGUGUUUUUUAUUAUCCUCUUUGUUAUGAAGAGAUUCAGCGGGAUCCAAUCACACAAUUCCCGACAGCUAUUUCAAAGGUUCUGAAAUAGCUGUCAGUAAAUGUGAAACAGGCUUCAUGAGAAGUUCAUAAGAAGAGGGUUGUGAAAAAGAUAAAGGAAAAAAAAAUCAAAUCUACCAUUCCAAGGAUAUGAGUCCUGUGCUCUACCAAUUGAGCUAAGCAGUGACACUGAUAUUCGUACUGAAAUUACCAUUAAAACACUGUGUUAAACUACUCCUUUGUCAUCUCGAGAUCACGAGAAAUUAUCCAUUAUCACGAGAAAACAACAUUCGUUAUAUGAAGAUCUCGAGAUAAUUAUCUCGUUAUCAUGGCAAAAUGGAGUAAAACAUUUUUUGAAUGGAUGGGCUGUUAGGGCUUCCGUAGAUCUGUACACAAAUAGAAGUGUAUAAACGAUGUAUAAAUGAUGAAAAACAGUUAUUCAUCAGCGACUGUGUGCAGCUUCCUAAAUUCUUUUCAGGUUUGGUACCCCUGUUUCCUGUACAAACAAAAACUAAAACCUGUGGUAACCUUUGCUCAUGAUGACAGUACAAAUAGACUCAUCACAGUUGCAUUUUCUCUAACGUGGGCUAAUUUAAACCUGAGGCUACAGAAAUCCUGGCCUAGCUUUAAGGAAUAUUUCAACAUGUGUUUAAUGACCAAGUUACCAAAGUAAUUUUCAGAAAAUCUUGAUGAUUUUACACUUAAGAAAUUGUACAGCUCUAACAAACUAUAUCUAUUGUACUUUUACGUGAGCUUUUGGGCCAUAAUUUUAACCUUUUGGAACAGCGCUAGGCUAGCUGUUUCCUCUGCUAACCACCUCUCGGCUGUGGCUUCAUAUAUAACGGACGGAUAUGAGAGUGGAAUUGAUUUCUGCUCUCUCCAAGAGAAGCAAGUAUUUCCCAAAAAUAUCAUGCUACUGUUGUGUUUCACACUUGUAUUUGUAAACCUUUGCAGCUUUCCCAGGGUGUAAGGUAGGGUAUGAGAUUCUGGAGAAAUCCAAUACCAUGAAGCAAGUUAUGUAACUAACGUUAGCUCGGUUGCGAGUCAGGAAAGGUGAUGAGAUAUUUGCUCUAUUAGACAAAAAGACGUGUAUUGGAUUAGAAUCCCAUAUCCCACCUUUAUGAUUGACACUUGAUUAUUGAAAACACUCACAGCACAAUAACUUGAUGAAAUUUAACGGACAACAAACAUUCCACAGCACGUCUUCACACUGAUUCACACUUGUGAUGUUAACCUUGUAAAAUCCCAGGGCUAAAUGUGUCGUGUGUGUGUGUGUGUGUCUGCAUGACAAUCCAAACCAGGGAUUCAUUCAUAUACAUGGCAGUUAAAUACAUGUGAAGUACAUUUCAUUUUGUGUGUAAAUGAAACUGUUCAACACAAAGCAGACAUGGAGUUGGAGGAGGUUUGGGUUGUGUUCCUGUGGACUGAUGACGCAGAGAUAAAGAGAUUAAAGUGAAGACGACUGUAGCAGCUCACUCCUCACUCUCUGUGGGUGACCGGCUGAGCUCAGGUGUUCAAGCUGCUAGCAUGUAAUCUACCUGUUUUAUUUUUGACGCUGAAACCAUUUAAGUAACUGUGAAGAUAAAUUAUUUAUUUAUAUGAAAAGAAGAAGGGGAAAAAAAGAAAGAACUGUUGUAUAAGCUAGCACUGUGAGUUAUGUAGCGUUAAGCCUGAAAAAGUUAAUAUUCCAAAGCAUUUAUCCUUUUGUGGGAUGAUUUUCCAAAGUGAGAUGUUGAAGGUGGAGGCAAACUGGGCAACUGCCUCAUGGGAGUGGCCCGCAAAAGCCCCAGGUGUCAGCUAGUUUUUGGGAAUUUGCUUUAUUUAUACAAAAAAAAAAAAAAAGGGUAACAUUAUACGAUAUGCUACACAAAAUUGUGAGUAGUUGCUAAGGAAUGACCAGAUAAUUAAUUAAUCAUUAAUAAUCAAGGAGUUGAUCAUUAGAUUAUAAAUACUUCAUAUAUAUAUCUGUGUAGACCUGUGUUGGCCUUUAGUGGUUACUGAUUAACUCAGAAUCAGCCAAAAGGGGAACAAAACUAGUAACGACUCAUUAAUCGCUCAUUAUUUAAUCAUUAGUUACUCCUCAAGCAAAGCAAUACAUUAAACUGAGUACUUACUAAGUAGUUAGACGCUCAUUACUUCAUGAUUACCUGACCAUCACUUGUUCUUUCAUGUACCACUUCCCUUGAGGGGGGGGGGGGGGCAAAAAGGUUACGUAAUGCUCAGAUAAUAAUAAGAGUUAACUUAGCAACUACUCAAUAUAAUGCUUAAGUGUUACCAAAAAAUACAACCAUAGAUUUUAUGCAGCAGGAUGAUCCAGAUGAGGAAAAACCUGCUUGUUAAAUGCAAAUAUAUAGUGGACAUAGCCUUACCCUCUAUUUAAAGAAGAUUUAGACCUGCCUGCUGGUUCACAUAGGUCUCAAUUGGUCUUAGCUGGUUUCCAGUGAAGCCACUGGUUGGCUGUGUGACUACCGGUUUGUGUAUUGGGAAAUGUGCAAACAAUUGUUCUACUUAUUAAUGUUGUAUUUAUUGUAAACAUUGUAUUUAUUAUUGGGUUGUUUUUUGUUUUUUUUUGGUUGUUGUUAUAGACGCGCACCUGACCUGAAGGUGUCAUUCUGUGAAACGGGCUUCCAGCUGUAAGACACAGCUUUUUAUUGGGUUACUUUACCCACAAACACUGUGUUCAGUUCCCUGAUUGCUGUUUGUGUUAUAUUAACUGUAAAUACUGUACAUGAAGACAUGAAAGGGCCUUUGUGUGACGCUGAAAGAGAUGUUGAAAAUAGCUCUAUUUAUAAUGAGAGAUGUUCAGAUGUUAUUUUUUUGUUCCCAUUGUUUUGAUAGGAAGGCAUUAAAUAGCAAUAAACUUGCAGAGUUGACCUCAAAUAAUAAUGUACCCCUAUCUUCUGUAGCUUCUUCUUUUUUUGAUAACCAAAGCUCUCAUCCAAAAUCCCUGUCUCUCCUUUCCCAUCCUUCCCUUUUACUUUCAUCCUUUGCCGUCUGUAUCUCCCUCCCACGCUUCCUUCACACUUUUCACUCCUUUUCCUCAUCUAUUUUUCAUCCUGCCCUUAUCUCAACUCCUCUCCCGCCGCUCACAAAUAUUAAAAUUCCUCUGGCUUUGCCUCCCGGUCCAAUCUGCUAAACUGUUUUUCUUGUUCAGACCUUUUUCUAUCAUGGGACUGCAGCGGGGGAGCAGGGCUUAUCAGCAACUCCUGUGGUGUUGUUUUUUAGCCCUGCGGCGGUGUGAUGAUUAGACCCGUACAAAGGUUAAAUAUUUUCUGGUUCUCUUGCCAGUGACUUUUUCACACUGUAUCAUUCACAAGCAAGUCGUUUGAGGUUUCAUGAAUGUGGAGCGAUGCAGAAACAAAGGCAAGGAGAGUGAAGAGUAGUGCCUCACAACGUGUUCUUGCAUCUCUUAAACUAGAUUAAGGUUACGCUGUUUUUGCACACAGAGAGAUCAGGCAGUAUUUAUCAAGGUUCUCAAGAGUUGCAGUGCAGAUUUGAGAUAAUUCAAGGACCUGAAAUACAAAAAUAUUUAUAAGUCCUUGCAAUUUAGUCUUGGAAAUCAAAAAGAGUUUUCCUUUCCAUGUCCCCAGGGUAUGUAAAGUAGAUACAGAGAACCUGUUUGGCAGGUUUUAAUAUUCCCUGCUGUUACACUAUUGUGAUUGUCUUUUCUUUUAUUGCAAUGGUUUAACAAAGACGAGAGGAUGCACUUCAGAACGUGGAUUGUGUGACUUAAAGCAAUGUGUACAUACUGUUUUAUAACUACUGAACGGCAUUUGAAGAAAUCUAAGAGGUUAAUAAACCUGAGAUAUAUUUCUCUACAGAA